UAAAAGUAGGCAAAAAUUAUUAAUAGUAAAGUACAGAUACCCCCAAAAACGACUUAAGUAGCACCUUAAGUAAAAAUACUUUAAGUACUUUACACCACUGUCAUUAGCUCAAUUCAUUAUCUCAACUGGAUGAGUGUCUGCUAAAUUAUUCAAAUUACCACAGCUACCAAAACGUCAAAUUUAACUUUGAUGAGAUCUGAUUGGUCAACUCUCCUCUCUUUCUCUCUGCUUUCUCCUCUUUCUCUCUCCUCCUUCGUCUCUCUAUCCUCCUCUUUCUAUUGCCUCCCUCCUCUCUCUUCUCAGCCUGUGUGGUUGGUAGUUCCAGAAGGGCAUUGAGUUGUGUCCUAUGACAACCACACAACAACAACAGCAGCAAGGGUAUUCAUCUCUGACAGGUCUAAUUCACUCAAUCAAGGUAUGUAAUACACAAGUACGGUGGCCCACAGGGGACAUCCUACUACAGAUUCACAAUGAGGCUGCAGGUAUAACAGUGGAGGUGGACUCAGAGCAGCACCACAAAUUGGUCUUCAGUCCAACACACAUCACCAGUCUACUGAAGAGAGACAGUUGGAUCCAGUCUGUGGUAAGACCAGGUUAGACUUAGUUUACGCAGUAUGUAGUUGUACCAUGUUAGACUAUACAGUAUGUGGGUUCAACAGGUAAGAGUUAUUCUAAUGGAGGGAACGUGAAACCAAUAUCAGCUUUACAGUGCUAUUCCUUGGAUAUUCAUUAGAAUUGUUUAACUGUGUCUGAGGUAAAAUUUCAAAUGGAUUCUAUUUUAUACUUUGUUGUCAGUUAAAAUAAUUGUAUUCUUAGUUUUUUAAAUAUAAUUACAUAAGAAAUAGACAAUUGAACUUGAAUAUUUACCUUGUCCUGGUGAUGUUUCACUCAUUGCAAUGUCUCAACAGGUGACUAAAAAAACAGUAAUGUAUUUAUUUUAUAUUUCCACAGAUUAUUACGAGCCAGGAGGAAUCACUGAUGACACCACCAGUCAGGAUGAGUUACCUGACCUUUGACCCUAACCAGACAGAGAACAUUGACACCAUUAUCCGACCCCCUUACUUCUUCAUCAGUGGUUUCAUCGACAUCCCCCACAUGAAGUACUAUUACAUCUUCCUCUGCUUCGUAUACAUCAUCUCUCUGAUGGGCAACACCUUUGUCAUGAUGGUUAUCUACAUGGACAGCAGUCUCCACAGCCCCAAGUACAUUGCUGUGUUCAACCUGGCCUUCACAGACGUGUGUGGCAGCACUGCCAUGGUCCCCAAGGUCCUGGAUAUGUUCCUGUUCAGCAGACAGCUCAUCUCCUACAACCAGUGCCUCACUAGCCUCUUCUUCAUCUUCCUCUUCCUCACCAUGCAGUCCUUCAACCUCACCAUCCUCUCCUACGACAGACUGGUGGCCAUCUGCUGCCCACUCAGGUACCAUAUGAUGGUGACUCACAGGUCCAUGUUCCAGCUGACGGGUGCUGCCUGGGCGUUUGCUGUGUUCAUGGUGUUGCUGGCUGUGUGCCUCAUCACCCGACUCUCCUUCUGCCGGUCUCUGGUGAUCAACAGCUACUUCUGUGACCACGGUCCCCUGUUCCGUCUGGCGGCCCCCUGUUCUGAUGUGGUCCCUAACAUAGUGAUGUCAUAUGUCAACCCCAGUAUAGUCCUCUUUAUCCCCAUGGUCUUCAUCAUAUCAUCAUACAUCUGUAUCACACACGCCCUGUUCACCAUCACACUGCCCCAGGACAGAGUCAGAGCCUUGAAGACGUGUACCUCACACCUGAUACUUGUAGCCAUAUUCUACCUGCCUAUACAUUUUACAUACUUCCUUCACCCAAUCAUACCAACCAACGCCCGGAUCAUCAACCUCUCCCUGACCUCGGUGCUGCCAUCCAUGCUAAACCCCAUCAUAUAUGUUCUGAAGACAGAGGAGUUUAAGGAAUCGGCCAAGAAGCUGCUUAGUAAAAGAGGAGCCCAGAGACCUGUGAUGCCGAUCCAAUCAACAUGAAGUGUUACUAUUUAUUUAUAUCUCUAUUUGACUUGUUUUUGAUUGAAAUGCUGUGUAAGAUGUACUGUAUCUGCCAUAGUGAAUAGUUGUUGUUUCAAUUAAAUGAAAAAUUAA